GUGAUGAGAGAGAGGUAACUAAGGCAAGGUAAAAAUAGACUACAGUGUAGCGCACCUCACUGACUGAACACUGUGAUGCCCUGUAGCUUGAGAGCAGUCGUGUCAGAAAGGCAACCCGUUUUGUUCAGGACGGUUGGAAUAUGGUCACAGAUUGUAAGAUUGAACUUACAGGUCUGGUGCUGUUAUCUCUGGCCUUGUUCAUCUCAUUGUGUCUCAAUGUCAUCUUCUGCAUUAGACGAAGAGCCAUUUUGUGCAAAGACACAGAUGAGUGCUGCAACCCACACAUUUAUGACAGAGAAAGGCCGUCACAGGAUGAAGGGCAUUAUUUUUAUAACCUCAAUCAUCAUGAGCAGCAGGAAAAUCACAACAAUCAUCAUGAGCAGCAGGAAAAUCCAAUCUAUGGCAACAUCAGCACCGACAGAAGCGAAGUUUGCUAUGAGAUGAUGACCAUGCAACAAACAACAGAUCGUAUAAAGUCUUUAGAGCCUGACCUGAAUUAUGCCUCACUGGAUCUGAAGGUGGCAAAUAAAUACAAGAAGAAGCAUCGCCAUCAGCGAGGCCACACUCAGGGACGAAACAAACUGCAAGAUCAGCUGCCAGUCCACCUCACACCCCCUAUGAAUGCUUUCUUGGAGAUGGAAGCAGACAUGGAUGCUCACCUUCCUUCCAGAGACACCAGCACCAUGGUUUCACACAGUAGCAUCUACCUGAACAGUCAACAGAUAGCCCAAGAGACAGAGGAGAUGGAAAGAGAUAGGGGCAUAAACAUGGAGAGGGAGAAUGUGGGUUGGGAAGGAAUAAGAAGGCGAGAGGAUGGCGGAAGUAGAGAAUGGAAAGGAGUGCAAGAGAGUGAGGAAAGAAAAGAUAGACAAGAUUGUAGCAAUGGGAGUAUAUGUACACAGCUUUCAGAGGUAGAGGCUAUUCAGAGUGGCACAGAUCAUUUCAUCAGCAGCUUUAGCAAUGAUAGUGUCCAACAAGAUUAGGCAGACAUCAUAUUAGGACUGUUGUUCUUGUUUCAAACUGUUCAUAAUUUAAUAUGCCACAUGAAAAAGCCAAUAAAAGCUAUCGUCCAUUA